GUGACGUUGACAAAUAAAAUUUGACAACUGUCGUCCUACUUUCCAAAGGGAGCGAAAAUCAACAAACUGUAAAUUAUCUUCUCCAACUGUUUGAUAUUCCACUCAUAAUUGGUUACACAGUGAAAAUGCCGUCCAUGAAAGUGGAGGGUGACAGCGAUGGGGACGGGGAGAUGUCGGGGGGAGACACUGAGCGCUCGAAUGGAUCCUCAAGGGGUCCUGAUAGAGACUCAAGUGCUGAAGAAGCUGAUGAGCCAGAUUCUGAUGACUCCUCGGAGAUGGACGAGAGUGAGUGCGAGAGGCGGAGGAACGAGUGCCUGGAUAACUUAGCUAACUUGGAGCGUCAGUUCUCAGUCCUCCGAGAACAGCUGUACUGCGAGAGAGUGAAGCAGGUGGAUCACCAGCUAGCUGAAGUGAGAGGCGGCCGGUCUCAGGAGUACCUCGGACCUCUGCGGAGACUGCAGGAGAAUAUGAGGAUUAGGAUCGAGGUAGCCGGCAUACUGCGUCAGAUGCGCAUCGAGAACAUCAAGCACAAGUACGAGGCGGAGGAGCAGGCAGCACACCAGCAUUUUAAGAGCGAAAAAUGGCUGGCCUACGAGAACCUCAAAGAAGAAAUUCUAGAAAAGAUCAGGAAACUUGAAGAGGAGCGUCACACAGUGGACUUAUGGUCCUGUGGUCCCGAGUGGGGUCGCAAGCGACGCAGGAGACAAGUCACCGUGUCCCCCCCUUACGUAGUCUACAUGCUCCCCGACGCAGAUAUCAUGGAAGACUGGCGGUUAGUAAGGAAACUUCUAGAACGAACUGACUAGCACGACACAAACGAAUUUUCUAGAAUAUUUUUCUAAUGUAAGGUAAUCGUGGAGUUUUGAUUGUGAUGAGUUGUUUCUUGUCACGGUACUACGGUCGGGUUGCGUUUAGUUGUACUGGUAAAUUAUUGGAAUUAAGAACGCAGCUAGUAGAAACUUUUAGCCGGUAAAAUUCUGGUUCUAAGAUCUCCACGGGAGAUGUUAUUUUGAAAAGAUUAGCUGCAGAAAUAUUGAUGUGCGUGUAACUUAACUUUGAAAUCAUUAUUUUAUAUGUUAGCUGUGAAAUGCAAAUGUAAAUAUUGAUGAGACUUUAGUGAAAACUUAGUAAGUUAUUAAAAGAAAACUGUACCAAUUUCAUUGCAUUUGAAAGAAUGAAGCGACGAUUUUACUAUUUUAAUUUAUCUGUAAACGUAACCAAAGCUGUGGCCGUAGUAUUAUAAAUAUUGUUAAGAUCAAGUGAUAUUUUUCACUGCAAAGAUCUGUAAGGGUAGCAACUAAAGGUACUAAGUGACAUAGUUAAGAUAUGUCACGAACAUAAGGGAGCCUCAACGAUUGUGACCUGAAUCUUCAGGCCACCAGGUAAGAACUACCCAAGGGAAACAAAUGACUAGCGGAGAUGUCAUAACGCAAAAUUCCCAAAGAAAGUAGCGCGCCAAAAAGCGGGUGUUCGGGGGACGAGGAACGAUACUAGCUCCACCCUAACAAAGCCUUCUACGGAACCUGCCCAUUUUUUUCAAACUGAACUCACCAAUCAAUCAAGACAAAUGUUUAACAGAUUGGUUUUGAACAAGGAACCUGAAUACCUCGUUAGUUCUAGUAACUGAUCACACCUACCGAACAUCACUUGACCUAUAAGAAGGCGCUUGACCUACCUGCCUAUGGCAUCUCCGCUAUCUUUCCUUCCUCCUAAAGCUACAAUGAUUGUAAUUUAUUUUUAUAGGGUUAAAACACCCCCUUGUAAAACAGAAUUAUGUCCCUCAUAUUCAUUAUAUUGUCAAUUGUAACUAAAUGUUCGACUUACUGAUUUUCCAUGACUAUGGUCGCCGGGAACUUUUAGCCAAUGACUGUUUACAAAUAAAUAAUGAAUGAUGAUGUAUAAUAAUAACUUACAGUAAUAAUAAACGUUGAACUGAAA